AUGGCUGAGAGAGGCGGAGAACGCGGUGGAUUCGGUAGGGGGUUUGGAGGCAGAGGAGGCCGUGGUGGAGACCGUGGCAGAGGCCGCCGUCGUGGUCCUCGUCGGGAUGCAGAAGAAGAAAAGUGGGUGCCCGUCACCAAGCUUGGUCGUCUCGUGAAAGACGACGAGGUCAUGAAGAUCAUGCCUGUCCAGAAGCAGACUCGUGCUGGACAACGAACACGGUUCAAGGCUUUUGUGGUUGUUGGAGAUGGGAACGGCCACGUCGGGUUGGGCGUUAAGUGUUCGAAGGAAGUCGCAACUGCGAUUAGGGGUGCGAUUAUAUUGGCGAAGUUGUCGGUGAUUCCGGUGAGGAGAGGUUAUUGGGGAAACAAGAUUGGUAAGCCACAUACCGUUCCGUGCAAGGUCACCGGUAAAUGUGGUUCAGUUACCGUUCGAUUGGUUCCGGCACCCCGUGGUGCAGGGAUUGUGGCUGCUAGAGUUCCGAAGAAGGUCCUUCAGAUGGCUGGUAUCGAUGAUGUGUUUACAUCUUCCCGUGGUUCUACCAAGACACUAGGAAACUUUGUCAAGGCUACUUUCGAUUGCCUUUUGAAGACUUAUGGAUUCUUGACUCCUGACUUCUGGAGGGAGACAAGAUUCAGUAGAUCUCCAUUCCAAGAGUAUACUGAUUUGCUUGCAAAGCCCACCACAAAGGCAAUUACUUAUGUUGAAGAUGUUGCUGCUGAAAUUGCUGCUUGAAAAUCAUGGGGAGAGUAUGUUUUGUCUUUAGAACGUUUUGAUUAUAGAUUGUUACCAGUCGUUUUUAAACAAUUUUAUGUUUUGAGUUAUGCUUGUUUUGGCUAUGGUAUGGUUGCACAUUCAUAUUUUCUAAUAUUAUGGUGAUUUUUUUUUUAUUUAUUGCUCUGAUGAAACUGUUGAAUGGUUGAAUGUUCAAGUCUUAUGAGA